AUGUCAGUCGUCCAAAAGCCUGUUCAUUUAGCGUUUCUCGGCUGCGGCCAUAUUGGCAAAGCCUUACUUGGAGUUCUACUUCCAUGGGUGGCUCAGCCUGGUAGUCCUAUUUCCGAGAUCACUGUUGCUCUUCGGCGUAAAGAAUCCGAAGCGCGGAUUCGGGAUCUGUUCCGCAGCAGUCAAGCUCCGGUGAACUUUCUUUCCUGUCAAAAUAUCAACGCAGUGAAGAAUGCCGACGCGGUUCUUUUUGCCUUCCCACCGGAACAGGUACAUGACGUCCUUGGGACAAUUGAAAUGCGCGAAGCCUUGCGAGGCAAAAUUCUCAUCAGCAUUCUGGCGAGAACACCUCGAGAUGAACUCAAACGAUUAAUCGGCGGGAAUGACAAGGCCGAGGGUCUCGCGACGAAAGACAUCCGACUCGUUCGUGCAAUGCCAACUAUAGGAACCGAGAUUCACGAAUCAGCGACUCUCAUCGGCGAGCUCAGUAGCCCGGUGGAGAAAGAGGCAAUGGAAUUGGCGAUGUGGAUAUUCAAUCUAGUUGGGAAGGUUUUUAAAGUCUCGCAUGAUUAUUUCGAUACCGCAACAGGGAUGAGCGCAUUCUGCAACGCGCUCACAACGGUAGCAAUACAGACCAUAACACGAAAGGCUAUCGCUGAGGGUAUUCCAGUCGAGAAUGCUAUUGCCAUAGCUUCCCAAUGCGUUCGAGGAACAGUGAGCAUGGUCUUGUCCGGUACCAGUCCUGAGAAAUUGGAGUAUUCAUUAUCCGCACCGGGGAGCAUAACCGGGCAGGCGAUAUCAAGACUCAAAGACAGCCAACUGCCGGCUCUUCUUGAGUCUUCGCUCUCUGCAGCUAUUACGAAGGCCAAAAGUUAA